AUGGAUGAUGAGCUGUAUUAUGCAAUAAUGGACUUCAGAGAAGACAAUCAUUUGAUUCCAAUGGAUAUCAAGGGGACUUUCAGUAAUUUAGUGGCUGAGGUACAAAGUAGAAUUGCUUCUUUUUCAAGCCCAAUGAAGUUGACUUAUGAAGUCCCAUAUACAGAAGAAUUGAAUCCUACCAUAUCUCUUUUGGAACAACAUGCAUCCUCGUCGCAUAAUCCAUCCAAUUCACAAAAUGCAUUACGUGAAGUUGAGAGAUCUAGUAUUCAGAUUCCUAUUUCAUGGUAUCAUGCCAUUAGAAGUGUUGGACAAGAAUUUAAUGAUGUUGAACAUCUAAGGCAAAGUCUCGCUUGGUGUGGGAAAGAGCUUGCUCAACAGGAGUUAUAUGGGUAUGCAAAACAUUCAUAUGAACAACUUAGAUGGGUUUUGUCGAUGGAUGUAGACCAAUUCGAUGGCACCCAUCUUUUUGAUAGGUAUGGGUGGUUAACCUCAAAUCUUGCUGAGUCCUUCAACGCAUGGAUUAAGAAAGCCCGAUUUUUACCAAUAGCGCAAUUGGUUGAUCACAUCUGGGUGAAGAUGAUGAAAAUGAGCUAUGAUAGACAUGAGGUAUCCAACAAACGGACUACACCACUUGUUCCUAGUGUAGAGGAGUAUCUUCUUCUGAUCAAUGAGGGCGCAUGUUAUCUUCAUGUUAAUCUUUCUACGUCGAUUUUGUAUGAAGUAUAUGAUUCCCCAUCUGUUAAAGUGAAUUUGGAGAACCGCAUGUGUACUUGUCGCCAAUGGCAAGCUCUUGGACUACCUUGCAAGCAUGCGGCUACCGUAAUCAGGCACAAAGAUCAACUAUUGUGUCCAUAUAUUUCCGACUAUUUCAGCACGGAGGUGUACCGCAAGUGUUACUCCUUUCCUAGAUAUCCAAUUCCUGAUGAUUAG